AUGAAUAAAAAACUGUUGUCUUAAGAGUAAGAUGAAUUUUUAAUUGAAACUAUUUCCUUUAAUGAAGUAUUAUCUCUGAAAAAUAAUCACAGAGAAAAUCAAGACAAUAAUUACACAUAAUAUAGUUAAUUUGUACCUAAGAAAAAUAGAUAAUCUACCUCUAUGAUUUUUUCAAUUUAAGCAUAGGAAUAAUUUGAUUUAGAUGAAUUAACCAAGCAACCUUAUUUCAAAGAUAAUAAAAUAAAUAAUAUAUUGGAAACUAAAAGCAAAAAUACCCAUAACACACCAUCAAUAAAAUAAAUUUAAAUUGAUUCAAAAUUUCAUUCAUAAAAUAAAACUAAAAAAAGAAGAAUUUUUCCUGAAAAUUCGGCUCCUUCAACAGAAUUGAUUAAAAUUAUCCAUCCAAAAGUUAUCACUCCAGAUGAAUUUAAAUAUACCAAAAAAUUAUCGGAUUUACAUCAUUCAGAAUCUUCAGCAAUUACUCUUUCCAACCAAAAUGAUUCUUAAACUUCAAAAAUAUUAAAACUUGAAGAUAAAUUUUAUAGACUGUCUUAAUAGAAUAUAGCCACGCUAAAUAAAGAAUAAUAAUAAAAGUCAACUUAGUUAAAUCUUAUUAAAGAAGUUCUUACAGAAGUAGAUGAAGAAUAAGAAGCUUUUUUUAUAUAUAAAGAAAAUAAGAAAGAAAUAAGCAGAUUUCAUUAUUUCUUAAAACUAGCUCCAUAUCCUAAAAGAAUAGUCACUUUUGUAUAGGUAAUCAAAAAAGUUGGAGAUAUUGAAAUUUGUAUUGGAAUUGAGGGAACAGAAUAAAUUAUUUAUUUUAGAAGAAUUAAAUGUGAAAAAGCUAAGCUCUAUAAUAAUUGUAAUAUUUAAGUUGAAUGA